CUUGCAAAGACUGCCUUCGACCUUAACAGCUAAGGUGGCCUAUUGUCCGCCACGACCUCAAAAAUCUACAGUCUCCUCUCCACCCAAAAUUAAGGAAAUACACAGGGGCCGGGCAACAACCACACUGGGCUUCUUUGAAGAACUCAAGAAUUUGGGCAAAUGUAUGGAGCAGUGGAAAAAUCUGAACCCGUGAAGUGAAAUUCAUGUUUCGAAGUGUGAUUUUUUCAUAAUUCUUUUGCCAAGAUAGUCUUGAGAAGGUAAGAAGAUGAAGGAUUAUACAUGGAAUUCAAGAACAAGAAGGGUGAUGAUAUAGCGGCUGACCCAUGAAACCCAUAUCAACCACGCCAUCAUCGUCAUCUUCAGCCCUGGCAUUGGCAUACAGUGGCUACAAUUAUUCUUCCAAGAUUGUAGCCAAGAAAAGUAAGACCCCUCAAACACCAUCGCCUAAGGGCCCGGAGCCACCACCUCCAAGAAUUACAUCAAAUGUGAAGCAGAAUCUGCAUAUCUUAAGAUUAUGGAAGGAUUUUCAAAAUAGAAAAUCAAACACACCGAGGCCUGCUACUAGUUAUCGCAGAAAGAGGGUCGAGAAGGAUGAAAUGCCAGAAGACACAGAACUCUAUCGUGAUCCUACUUUGGCGCUUUACUAUACAAACCAGGGCAUAGAGACUGCAAGCCCUGUCUUGCUUGUUGAUGGUUAUAAUGUAUGUGGCUAUUGGGCAAAGUUGAAGAAGCAUUUCAUGAAUGGAAGACUUGAUAUUGCUCGCCAAAAGCUUAUAGAUGAACUGAUAACUUUUAGUAUGCUAAGAGAGGUGAAAGUGGUGGUUGUAUUUGAUGCUAUGAUGUCUGGCCUACCAACACAUAAAGAAAAUUUUGCUGGUAUUGAUAUAGUAUAUUCUGGCGAAACCUGUGCUGAUGCAUGGAUUGAGAAAGAGGUUGUAGCUUUGAGGGAGGAUGGCUGUCCAAAAGUCUGGGUCGUGACAUCCGAUCAUUGUCAACAGCAUGCAGCUUAUGGAGCAGGAGCUUUUGUGUGGAGUUCAAAGGCAUUGGUUUCUGAGAUCAAAGCUUCACAAAAGGAGGUAGAGCAGAUGCUGCGAGAACAUAGGUCGACUUCUAUGCAGGGUAAGUUGUUGAAGCACAAUCUUGAUUCUGAAGUUGUCGACGCCCUCAAGGAUCUCAGAGAUAAGCUGUUGGAAAAUCCAUCAACUUCAUGAUUUCUAGUGCAUCAGUCAUGGAUGAAACUUGGCAUGCAGGUUCCAGCUUCGGAAGAUUCGGACAAUCAAUUUUGAUCCUCUGAACAUAAAACAAAAGUUUGAUUUCGACGGAGCAACAGAUGGAUAGGGCAAACCACAUUGACACCUCAGUCAAAUUACACAAACAUUCCUGUCUUUUGUAAAAUUAUAUCUACACCCCCUAAGACCCUACUUGUAAUUACAUCUACACCUUUAUUCAGAAGUAAAGUUUAUACAAACACUCCUAAAAAUGCUACAGUGACACCUCUUGGGGGUAUAGUUAUAUUUUUGCGAAAGACAGGAAAUGCUUGUGUAUUUUGUCCUGAUCUUAGGGGUGUCAACAUAAUCUACUCUAAAAAACUCUGUGCGUUUGGAUAUACACAUUACACAGAGCCGUUUGAAAGUUUUUGAAUUUUAUUUUUAUCUUUUAACUAUUAGUUGCAUGUCGAAAAAUCAUAGAAAUUAGAGUUGUUUGAUUAA